ACUAUUACACAAACUAUACACUAUAACACACACACUAUACACUAUUACACACACACACACUAUUCAGUAUUACACAAACUAUACAAUAUUACACACACUAUACUAUAACACACAAACACAUAUACACACUUAAACAUUUUGUGAACAUUGUGUUCUAUAUAAGGGUGGUUUAAUGAAAACAUAAUGUCUCUGUGUGUGUGUGUGUGUGUGUGUGUGUGUGUGUGUGUGUGUGUGUGUGUGUGACCACUGUCAUAAUCACAGAGAUGUUUUACAGAAUAUGGGAAGUUAUCAGUCAGUUAUUAUAUUUGUUCUUUUUCUCUUUUAUGGGGAUUUGACUCAUAAAUCUGAAGCUUCCAGUCAUCAACAUGUUUUAUAUUAUCAUAUAAUGUGUGUGUGUGUGUGUGUGUGUGUGUGUGUGUGUGUGUGUGUGUGUGUGUGUUUUUCCUCUUCUGCAGAAAUUAUGCUUUGUGUUGGUGUGUGUUUUAUUGUCUUGCUGCUAAACGUUGCAAGUGAAAAGGAUACAGAGAUAUUAUGGGGGAAGAAGGUGAUCCUCAAGCACACAAACUGCCAGUUCUGGUCUCUGAAGCCAAAUGUGUCGUUGCCAUCUCUGUCUGAGUUCACGGUGUGUGUGAAGGUGCAGAGGAGCAUCAACAGCUCGGCAUGGAGCGCCUUCACCUACCUACACCCCGACCACAGUCAGAUGGAGUUGGGGUUCGGGGGGCGUGCGCUGCAGCUACAGGUGCGGCUGUUCGGGUGGAGCUGGGUGACUCAGGACACACUCACCCUGGGUCACUGGCACUCCAUCUGCAUCACGUGGUCCUGCUCCACCCAUCACCUCAUGCUCCUCAUCAACGGCACCGCAACAGAGCUGAAGAAGGAUGUGCGGGAACCGGGCAGAGAGGGCGGGGCGUGCGGGCUGGUGGGCGGAGGCUCGCUCACUCUCGGGGCUGCACAUUAUUAUGUAGGAGAUAAAAUGGAGGUGGAGAGCGGCACCAACCUGCAAGGCAACGUGACCAUGUUCAGGGUGUGGGGCAGAGCACGCAGCCAGCACGAGAUCGCCACCAAUACCUGCACCGACGGUGACGUCAUGCCCUGGCACGGCCGGGUGUGGCUCUUUAGGUCUCCCUGCACACCUGUAAUAGACCAAACAGUCAUGUGUGCAUGGUCUCUGUAUGAGGUGAAAGUUCUUCUCCUCGUCCUCAACUAUGAGAAACCCAACUGUACUUCAAGGUUAAAACAUCACACAAACCUGGUUGAGGGAGGUGCUCCCUGUAAAUAUUUACAUACAAGAUGUUUUUGUGUUUCAAGCAAGAAGUUUGGUGCAUGUGUACACAGGAAAAAGAACAGGUGCAGUGGAUCAGAGGCACAGCCCAAAUACACAGAGGUACGAGGUUGUUGCUCAUCUGAACGUGAUUCCAUGUGAGGAAGUGGGACAAAUCCAGAAACAGGUGGUGAACAUUCUCAAACUCGGACACAACUCAUCUCUGGGUUAUAAGCUGCUCAUAG